AAGCCAAUUUCAAUUAUUGGUGGUGGUUUAGCAGGUGCAGCUUUAGCAUUAUUAAUUGGACAAAGAGGAAAUGUUAAUGUCGAAGUUUUUGAAAGAAGAACUAAAGAGAUGGAUCCAAAACAAAGAGCAAGAUCAAUUAAUUUAGCUUUAUCAGAUCGUGGAAUAAAAACUUUAAAGAAAACUGGCCAUGUUGAUGAUAUUUUAGAGAUUGCUAUUCCAAUGAAAGGUAGAAUGGUUCAUUCUAUUGAUGGUGAUCAAAGUUUUCUUCCAUAUAGUUCUGAUUCAAAUAAACACCUCUAUAGUGUUUCUCGUCAACUUUUAAAUGAAAAAUUAAGAGAACAUGCCGAAAAAUUACCAAAUGUCAAAUUCCAUUUUAGCGAUGUUUGCAAAUCUGUAGAUUUUAAUAAUGUUUCAUUUGAAACUGUUUCUGAUGGUAAAACUGAAAAACAUUUUGGUAAAACUAUCAUUGGUUGUGAUGGAGCAUUUUCAGCAGUUAGAAAUUCAAUGACAAGAUUAGAUAGACAAGAUUAUUCACAAAGUUAUUUAAAACAUGGUUAUAAAGAAUUAUCAAUCCCACCAGGUGAAAAUGGUACAUUUUUAAUAGAUAAAAACUCAUUACAUAUUUGGCCACGUGGUUCCUUCAUGAUGAUUGCAUUACCAAAUAUUGACGGUAGUUUUACAUGUACACUUUUCUUCCCAUUCGAUGGAGAACUUAGUUUUAAAUCAUUAGACACCAAAGAAAAGGUAGAAGAUUUCUUUAAGAAAUACUUUUUGGAUGCCUACAAUUUAAUGCCAACUAUUAUAGAAGACUAUUUCACCAAUCCAACAUCAUCAUUAGUUACCGUUAAAACUGACCCAUUCAAUGUAGAUGGCAGAGCUGUAUUAGUCGGCGAUGCUGCACACGCUAUUGUACCAUUCUAUGGCCAAGGUAUGAAUGCAGCAUUCGAAGAUUGUUUAGAGUUAAUCAAUUGUUUAGAAGAUAACUCAUUACGUUCAACCGAUCAAGAAUACUCCAUCGAACAUCUUACUCGUGUCUACUCUAGAUACCACGAUAAUAGAAAAAAGAACUCUGAUGCCAUUGCUGAAAUGGCUGUUGAAAACUUUAUCGAAAUGCGUGACUCUGUUGCCGAUCCACUUUUCCUCUUUAAGAAAAAAGUAGAACAAAUGCUCGAAAAACAAUUCCCAAAUCGUUACAUCAGUCGUUACGAAUUAAUCUCUUUCUCCACCGAACCUUAUUCCUAUGCUCAACAAACUGGUUUAGCCAACCAAAGAAUUCUUUCAAAAUUAGUCGAAGGUAAUACUGAAUAUGAUAUUAAUAAAAUUGAUUUAUCAUUAGCUGAUAAAUUAAUUAAAGAAAUUUUAAAUAAAUAAAUUAAACUAUAUAAUAUAUAUAUUAUAUAUUUAUACACAAAAU